AUGGCAGACUGUCAUCCUGCAAGGCCGAGUGGGCCUUCCGCUCGCGCCCGAUGCGCUUGCCUGAACCUCGCCGUCGCGUUUUUCGUCGUCAUCGUGUUGAUGAAUCCGGUACAAGCUUUCCACCGUGUUAUUUCUCAAGACGCGGCUCCUCAUGGAAAAACCCACAUCUUGCAGGCUGAGCGCCUGAGCUCCGUCGGUGCCCACGAGGCAAUGGCACGUGCCCGCCGCGGUGCCUCAUUCCGCCGCGUGUCCACGCCUCCGACACAGUCAAUGCUUCAAGCGUCCGUUGAUGAGUGGAAACCACAGGUCCAGACAACAGGAACUAUUCCUCGCUUCUCUGCAUUACCAGAAUCCGCUUGGGAUUACAAGCAGCAUGGCAAAGACUGGGGGGGGACUUGUGCCACGGGUAUGAAGCAGUCGCCGGUCGAUCUCCACAUUGAGGGAUUGCAAGAGCCGGAGUACCGAAAUCUCACCAACCUGUACAUGAAUGCAUUUUCAGGUACCACAUCGCUCCCUCGGACGUUUAGGCCUUGGAAACGCGGGGAUAUCUUCUAUACAUACACUCACCAGUUUACCGACGUUGAGAUUUACAAGACUGACAAAAUCUUCCAGGUUCGUGCUCCACACGACCACCUGACUCCUCUCGGCGCGAUGUUUACGACAGACACAACGGAAAUGUACACCGCCCAGCACAUCUUCUUCCAUUCUCCUUCCGAGCACACCUUUCAAGGUGAAGCGAAUCGGCGUGAGAUUGAAAUGCAGAUCUGGCACUACUCAAAUGACUUGAUUUCUUUCGAAUCCUCGAAAAGUGUGAAUCAUACGACCCUUCCCUAUCUUGCAAUGUUUGCUCAAAGCUCUCUUAACCUUCCUGACGUCGAGCAAGCCCUGAAGGAAGAUCAGGUUGGUCGAACCGACCCUAAUCUACCUUCCUCUCACUGGCGGGUUCUUUCUUUGACAUUCAUGAGCGAAGAGCUCGAUCAGACAAGUCUUGCUGAACUCAAGAACUUGCCAUCUGAGAGGCUACUCAGCACCCUUCUGAGCGCGGAACAGAUCAAGAGUGAAGCAGCCCGGCCUGAGAAGAUCCAGCUGCCCCACCCGCUAAAUCUGCAGUCUCUUAUGAUGAUGCUCCAGCUAACGAACACUGAAUUCUUCGCGUAUGACGGUAGCACAACCAUGCCCGACUGCCAGGAGAACGUGCGCUGGUACGUAGCGCGCCAGCCCCUCCCCGUUGCAACGGAAACCAUGCUACGAUUCUACAAGAUGCUGAAUCCCCAGCGUCUGAAGAGUCAUGAAGAAAGAGACGGCAACUUCAGGAUAUUGCAGAACGUAGAAGACAAUAUGCAUAAUGAAGGAAACGUCUUCCUAGUGCAAGGCUUCCCCCUGCAGGUUCUUAUCGCCAACAGUCUAGGCUUCGACACGAUGGCAAAAAUGUCGAAAGAAGGAGCGGAAAUGUUCCAGGGAUGGUUCACCGCAGCCGGGACGCAUGUGUCUGCUUACAGCAGUACAUUGCCUGCUCUUGCGGUCAGCCUCGUUCUCUUGCAUACCUUUGGAUUCCGACCAGCUUACUGGUGA